AUGCACAGCACAAUAUUCAUUACCAUCGAGGAGUCUGCUUCCGGCCUUAUUGAUCAAGGUCAGAUCGAGGUCAUACUGUCUUUUCACCACUUUGCUUCAACCCAGGACGUCCCAACAACACCACUAGAUCCGGUUGUGCGUAAAUGCUCACCUCUCAGCGCACCCGACGAGAUUCAAUGGUAUUUUCAUCAUUAUUCCAGUGAGCCUUUCUCAACUAUAAGAGCAAAGGAUGCCAGGGAUUUGAUCAACAACCAUGCUUCUCUUCUGCUGAAGGAAUUGCGUCUCAAUGACACUUGCUUACCGACACUGAACGUUGGCCGGCUCGUGUUCCAAAUUCUUGAAGGGCCAAAUAUCUUUAAGAUCAAUUGGGAGGCACUGGAAUCGCUUCAAAUCCUGGACAAUGGUAUUCCAGCCCACGUCUGCCGCUUUGCGAAGGGAUGUGAAGAACAGUCGCGAAGACCACCAAUCAAUUCCAAAACGCCAAGAUGCGUCAAUGUCCUUCUCUUGGUUGCGAGGAAAAAGAAUGACCUUAUUGACCCUUAUUUAAUAUCACGUCCCUUAGUCCAGGCCCUGAAUGAGGAUUCCUCUUGCCCUAUCUCCAUAGAUAUCGUGAGACCCGGCACACUUGAUACUCUUAAGCAAUAUCUCCAGGCCAAGGAUUAUGAUGUUGUGCACCUGGAUCUACACGGCCAAGUUCAGCAGGGAAGAGCCAGUCUUAGUUUCCAAAGUCCAUCCCGUGACGGGGUUGUGAGUGUCAACGCCGACGAUGUAGGACAUCUUCUGUUUGUGAAUAGAGUGAAGUUGGUGGUGAUGAAUGCUUGCCAGAGCGCUUCCACCAUGGGUUCGUCAACAACAAACUUUGCCAGCCAGUUAGCCUCUCACGGUGUGCCAUAUGUUUUAGGGAUGGCUUAUGAAGUGACCGACACAGCGGCUGAGAUCUUCAUAUUAGCCCUUUACGGUUACCUCUUAUGGGACAAUCGAGACAUGCUCUCUGCAGUCCGCGAAGCUCGGGCAAAUCUGAGGGCAGACAAAAAGCGCGAUGCGACGCUAUUUGGGCUGUCGAUCUCUUUGCAGGACGAUAUACUACCAGUGCUAUAUGCAAACUACCACCAGCUCCAGAAGGAUUCAGUCACCUUGUCACAGUCUGCUCCUCACAGCUCGCCAGAAAUUUUGAAGGCACCGGACAACGGGCUCUUGGGUCGGGGACUAGACAUGCUCAAGGUCCAAAACCAGUUGAUAACGAACAAAAUGUGCAUAGUCCAUGGGCUCCAAGGGAUAGGGAAGCGAACCUUGAUAAAUCACUUGGCAGGGUGGCUGCUAGAGAGUCAUUUCAUUGACCAUAUUUACCACAUCGACCUUUCUCAAGGGGUUGAUUCACUGGAUUCUGCCCUGAUGGCGAUCUACCGCCGGAUCGCCUUAGUGAGUGAUGUGGACCGGAGUGCAGAGGAUCGCCCUGAAGACCUAAUACUUGAAGCUAUGGCUUCCAGCAGCAUCUUAUUCACUAUAGACAAUACCGAUCAGGACGAGGAUGGGUUGACAGAUUUGUGCUUGAAGCUUCUGUUGGCUAAAGGAUGUUCAAAACCUGCUCGUGUUUUCAUCUUGAUUUCAUCAACGAAGCCUUUAGCCUCCGUGCAGGAGAGAAUACGUCAAAUCAAAUAUUGCGGGACACUUGGUUACGAAUUAAAAGGGCUAAGCUCCCGUGAUGCAAUGAUUCUGGCAACAAACCUGCGGGGCAGAAGGCAGCUUCAGGAAAGUGACGAAAAAGAUUACUCGGGACUUUGGUACAACCAAUGCAUCUUUGAUUUACUCCAAGGCAGUCCACUAGCAAUGGAGCUUAUCAUCCCAGAAACCAGCGAUUAUGGUUCGAUUGAUGUCUAUUGGGAUUUGAAAGCCCAAACGUUGGACUUUUCAUUGGAAGGCUCUGUCGCCGAGGCAUUGUUCCUUCGAUGGCAGCACCAUACCGAACAUCGCUCUGACCUUCUGAAAGCAUUAAUUCCUUUUAUCCGUUCGGUCCCUGGAGAUUACUUGUUUAAUCAUCCCGAAAUUGUUCAAGAUAGCCAGUCUGCCAUUCAAACAUUGAUCCAGGCCGGCUGUGCAACACAACGGAUGCCUGGCUGUCGUAUCGAGCUCCAUCCCUUGUUUGUCCAUUUUGCAAGGAGCAGGUCUUGGUCCGAGUCCGACACCAAGGCUAGUUGGCACAGAGCCGCUGUAUAUUACCAGAAUCGAAGCAUCGCCUGGAUUCGCUCAGGACGAUACUUGACCAUCGGGCCAACGCAUGAUUGGGAAAAUCUUACGACCAUCCUGAGUCAUCUUGUUCCCACUCUAGAGUCAGAUACCGAAGAAUCAUCACUCUUUGAUCUCCCAUGGGUUUUCUGCUCACUCUGUGUCUUUCACGAGAAGAUGGUUCGACAUACCGUCGAUAUGUUUGCUGAUUUGACCCUCAAAGCGCUGCAUGCCAUAAUUCCAAGCUUGGUGCCAACAACCAACAAAACCCUUCGAAUGGUGAUCGAUAAUGACCUCCGCGCCAAGGCCAUGAGUCUUUCGGACUUUCAGAUCCUGCGCGUGACGUUAUUAGUGCAGUUUAUUAUUCAGUACUACUACGAUAUAUCACCCGAUACUGCAAUCAUCUACCAGGAUGCCUUGAUCAUUCUUCAGGGCCCUGCCACUGAAAGUCCAGGGGACGAAGAGUUUGCCGGACUAUUAUAUAUGGCUAAUUCCAUAUCACUGCUGACUAGACGGGAACUCGUAUUAGAUUUGCAAAUCAUGCCAGACACAAUGCAGCCUUUGAGUGGCUUCCCCCCCGGAAUCACCGCACCCUCAUCCUUUCAAGCAUUUUCCGAUAUGUGGAACGACACUCAACAGCUGAGGUUUAUCGGGUACCAUGUGGACCCGGUCAAAACGUUACAGAACGAAGUAAACCAAGGCCGACAGUUGUUUUCAAUCUUAGAGACUGGCUCUCCAGAAGAACAGUUUCGUAGAGAUGCUUUGGAGGUACUAUCAGAUACCUUCCAAACCCUGAAUGCGUCGCUGUCCCUGAACGAAGAGAGCCAUCAAUCUUCUCAACGCCGCCUCGAUGUAGCAUUAAAAGAAGCCAUAGAUCGCUAUGACUUACGGAGCCAGCUAGAUAUUUAUGAUAAACUGGUUGAAGUGUAUUUCACAAUUGGGGACUGGGACGCUGUGCUCAUGAUUCUAGACAAGAUUGAUGAUUGUUCAAGGCAAAUCAAUCUGUUUAGGGGCAUCUACACUGAUGAGAUAACAACCCUUCGGCAGAUGAGAUGGAUGACUCUUAAGCGGGUACAAUGCUUUAGGUGUUUAGGCAAGAAUUCUGAGUCUAGAGAGCAGGUUGAGAUACUCAAAGACGUUGUCGCCAAAAGAGAGGAGCUAUGGACAAGAAGGGACCGAUCAAACGAGGAGUAUCGGAAUUUGAUGAGUGCGCUUGAACGUGGGAUGGCAGAAGGUAGCACUCCUGGGGACGAGACCAAGGUUGGCAAUUUUGUGUUUCGUCUAAGACAUACACACCGGGAGAAAGUGGAAGAGGUACAAGAUUCAGCGACAUCUCAACAGGUACAAGACUACCACGGGCCUGAACAGAUCGAAAACCCAGCCUCUUAUCUAGCAGAGACCCCGCUAGAAGGAACUCAACCUCUUGCCGCAACGAGGACUUUGAGCAAUAGCAGCACUCAAAGUGACGAGGCAGACGACCUCUACCUCAUUACCAAUCCUUGGAUGGCACCUAUUUUGGAGUGGAUGAAUUCACUGGGGGGCGUUCCUGUUAGAGAGUAUUACGAUUUCCAAGUUCCCCCGGGUCGCAUUGGUGGACUGUUCUUUUAUCAGUCACGGAAUCUUAUGGUGGAAGAGUUUUUAAGGACUAUGGGUAUUCUUGAACCGGGUGUUUAG